CUGGAACCUGACUGUAGUCAAGUUAACAAACCCCUUUUAAACGAAUCCUUUUGCGCAUGAACCUUUUUAUGAAGCAUCCCAACUUCAUCCAUUGGUACAGAACGCCAUGACCAAACAUGGAGCACCACCACCCACUCGAGUGCCUAUGCCGACAAAUUAGUAUGUCUUGGCUGUGAUUGUGCAUGCUUAUGCAUUAACAGCCCAACGCUUUGACACACUCCUUCUCAGAAUCUGUGCGCCUUGGAAGGGGAGGCGCGCCAGAGUGGCCGAUGCGGGGAUUAAGGGGAGAGAGAGACUAAACGCAGCGUUACAAGGACCGUGAUACCAAUGCACCUCGUUAAAAAUGAAUUAGGUGGCGUUUUUUGGUUUUUUUUUUUGCUUCCCUGCUCUUAUCUCACAGAAUAGAAAGAAAUCCGGGCAGAGCGUAAGCUCACCGCAGCCCUAUGAAGACAAUCGCAGAAGGGGCGGUGAAGUGGAUUUUUGAAGAAUAUCUUGUUUGGCUCCUUCAUAUACUUGGAUGACUCUUCUCUUUGGGAUCUUCGUGGCCAUUGGGUGGCUCAUUCCUGCUCCUUGUUGUGGAUGGAUUGAUGAGACUGUUUGGAAUUUUUUGAAAGCAUCUCUUAAGACUCGAGGAGACAAGAUGUUCACUUCCGGAACUUCAUCUAGUUAAUCAAGUUUGUAUAUGGCUUGUCUCCAAAGAGACCGCAACGUCUGGAGCUAGUUUUCAUUCACUUACCAAGCAACACCAUGCCCGACUCUGGAUCUUUCAGAAGCUACAACAGCAGCUUUCCAAGCAGCGGUGCUUGGAACAUCAGCGGUGGCGGUCCCUGGUUGCUCGCCUUCCUGCUGACCGUCAUCAUCCUCAUCACCGUAUGCGGCAACGUGUUGCUCAUCGUGUUGGUUUUUGCCCACCGUUCCUUACGAUGCACCUCCAACUGCUUCUUAGUGUCCCUGUUCCUGUCAGACCUCAUGGUGGCGCUGGUGGUCAUGCCCCCAGCCAUGCUCAACGUGCUGUGCGGGGCCUGGGUGCUUUGGCCGGCCUUCUGCCCCGUCUGGCUGUCCUUUGACGUCAUGUGCUGCAGCGCCUCCAUUCUCAACCUGUGUAUGAUCAGCCUGGACCGCUACCUUUUCAUCAUCUCGCCACUGCGCUACAAGCAGAGGAUGACCAUGCCUCGGGCGCUGCUACUGGUCGCAGGGGCUUGGGGGUUAGCAGCGUUCGCCUCGUUCCUGCCCAUCGAGAUGAAGUGGCACAGCUUGGGACACUUGAGUGGGCAGCCUUUGUCCCCGGAAGGGGGAAGAACCAAUAUGAGCUCCUACUCGGACUUGCUGUACCCGGCAUCCUAUUUCCAGAUCCACGGCCUUUACUUUCAGUGCCGCCUGCAGGUCACGUUGCCCUUCGCUCUGGUGGCAUCCUUGCUCACCUUCUUUUUGCCCUCUAGUGCCAUCUGCUUCACCUACUGUCGAAUUCUUUUGGCGGCUCGUAGGCAAGCCAAGAGGGUGGCGGCCCUAAGCCACCCACCGCACCCUCAUCCCUCUCUCGAGGAACCAUCUCAGCCUCCUUCACUCGGGGAUGGAGCUCACCAAGAUGGAGACGAAUGCAGUCACCAGGAGGCCCCAGUGCCACAGAAUAUAGCGCCAUCAGUGAACAGUGAGCGCCAUUUGGCUCACAGACAGGGUCGGAGGGCACUGAAGGCCAGCCUGACCCUUGGAGUUCUUCUGGGACUUUUCUUCUGCACUUGGCUUCCCUUUUUCAUCAUCAACAUGGCUCAGGCAGUGUGCGAGUGUGUCCCCCUGGCGCUCUUCGACGCCAUCACGUGGCUGGGCUACUGCAACAGCACCAUGAAUCCCAUCAUCUAUCCACUCUUCAUGAGGGACUUCAAGCGAGCACUUGGGAAGCUGUUGCCCUGUUCCUCCUCACGGUUGCCAAGACAACCGUCGCCAGCACUCUCCCUGUCCCUCCGCAACUCGGGAGAGCCAAACAUCUGCAGCACACCCCCGUCCCCUCUGACCUCUGACACCACACCUCCACCUGCCACCGCCACAGACGCCGUGAAUUUGGUGGACGCUGAGCAUGCUGGGAUUGAAGUGCCUCUUCUUCUUCUUCCCAAUCAGGUAGUUACAUUAAACUGA